AUGGGCGGAGCCAAGCACCUCAUUAUCGAUCAGGGCACAUCCAGCACACCACCUUCUGCUGGAGUCAGUCAUGUGCUGAGAUUUGGAGUUGUGGCCCUUAUCGCUGGUGCAGCGUUCCUGUUGUGCACGUUUGUGGUUUCCCUCUACAUGUGGAAAGCCAGUGAUAAAAAUGUUUAUAGCGUUCGCUACAGCCUGAACAUCAAUGGGAAGGUGAGAGAGGGCUCCAUGAAAAUUGAUUCUGACAACAAUCUGCAGAGAUUUCAAACUGGGAGUGAAGCUGGGGAGGCUGUGGAGAUUCAUGACUUUCAAAUUGGAAUAACUGGAAUCCGCUUCUUCGGAGGAGACAAGUGCUAUAUAAAAUCCCAUAUCAAAGCAAACCUCUCGCUCCUGGGAGCACACAACAAAGAGGCGUUGAUGUUUGACCUGACAGAUGAAUUAAUGCCUGUGAGGUUCGAUGAGGACUUCCUUGUAUGGGUUGCAGCAAAGCAGCCGCUGAAGAGCACCACAUUUUUGAGCAACAGAAUUCUGGAUCUUUGUGGGGAACUUCCCAUUUUUUGGCUCCAACCCAUUUAUCCCAAAGUAACAGAUGUGGAGAGGAGAAAGAGAGGCAUGCGACGAGCCAAACGGCAGUUAGACAUGCAGGACAUCAAGGCGUCCACUCAGGAGAGGGACCCGGAGAGGCGCGGUGAGCAGGAAGCUGUGGAUGAAGGACAGUCAGCUAUGGGGUCAGGGUACAAUCCUGAAAACCCGUACCAUCGCAGCGGAAAGGCCAGAGAGGAAAGCGCCAUGACCUUUGAUAGCAUGCUGGACCACCAGGGAAUCUGCUGCUCAGAAUGCCAGCGCAGCUACACUCACUGUCAGCAAGUAUGUGAGCCUCUGCGUGGCUACUGGCCUUGGCCCUACAACUACCGAGGGUGCCAGGUGGCCUGUCGAGUGAUCAUGCCUUGUCGCUGGUGGGUGGCACGGAUUUUGGGUGUUGUGUAG